AUGUUUCGCAAGCUGUACGAGCACGAAUACUUUAUCCGACCUCUUUUCCCCAACCUCCAAGAGGUGCAGCUCCCCGUCAUAUCCGACGAUCCGAACUCGACCAUUUUUUAUCCCGCGCUCGUCUUGUCUCCUUCAGUCAGACGAAUCGUUCUUUCCACUCCGGAGUGGGAAGAAGAAUCUGAAGACGAAGACUUCGAAGACCCUGAAGAUUACCUGUGGGAUGCCGUUGCAAAUCGGGUAGCGGGGGUGGCUUCCACUCUGACCUCCUUCAAAGUGGAGAGUAUUGCAUUCAGUGAUUGCUUCGUCUUGAUCGGGAGGCGGCUACGGGUGGAUCACAUACUCCGCUACUUCACCUGGAUGAUGACGACACUCGAACUCGACGGGCUCGUUCUAGAGGGCAAGACCUUUGCACAGCUCAAUCAUCUCACGGGUCUGGUCAAGCUCAAGGUGUCGCUUGUAUCUCAGCAAGAUGCUGAGAUGGCGGCGUUACCACCCUUGUCGCUCUGCCUGCCAUCUCUCGAAUGUCUCACCAUUAACAUCUUUGUCGACGGACCUCAUUCCAAGUUCUUCCAGAUUUUGGAUGCGAAGAGGUUGAAGAGGCUCAAACUCAAGGUUUUCACUGACGACGAAGAUGACUACGACCCUACCCCGCUCUUUAUCUCACUUCACCACCACCGACGUAAUUCCGGCUUGCUCCUCGAGGAAAUCCACCUCACCCGCCGACACAACGGAAAUGCAAUGUCUUGGGACGAAUACGUCGAGCAGCCGCACUUCGUUAUCUCUGAGGCGACGUUCGCUCCUCUCCUUUACUUCCCCCGGUUGACUACUCUUCGAAUCGAGCCCUGCAACUCGUCCGCCUUGGACGAUCUUGCCCUAGUGCGACUGUUCACUGCAUGGCCAAAGAUGCAGCGGUUCGAACUGCACGACGAAUCGAUGAAAUUCGACGAGCGCAUCUCCUUGACAAUCGGCGGUGUUCAGCGGGCCUUGCAGCUGACACCUUAUCUUCGACAGCUUUCACUCCGCUUCGACGGCACCUUCCUCCCUCCUUGCGACGAAGACGUCUGCCUCCGACUGCACCCUCUGGAAACUCUGAAUGCCUGUACCUCCAUCAUCGAAGUGGGAACACUUUUCGCGGGGUGGUUGGUCUUGCAUUUUCCGAACCUUAGCCAAGUUCGCAGUUUUGAGAAGUAUAGAGAAGGAUUGGAAGAUUCAUUCGAGUGCGGAUGUGAGGAUGAGGAUGAGCGGAAGCGUCUGGAGGAGUACUAG